GGGAAGCGACGACAGUAGCUUAGUAUUUCACUUGGGUGGGGGGAAAAAAAGGUGGAGGACGAGACGAAAACGUUAAAAAAAACAACAAUUGUCUUCGUUUGAGAGUCUAGGUGUCGGACUUCUGUCGAACAUCCAUUUCUCUCUACAGAUGUACCACACAUAAAUAAAGACCUCCAGCCAACAUGAUCCACAGCCUGUUCCUGGUCAACGCCUCGGGGGACAUUUUCCUGGAGAAGCACUGGAAGAGCGUGGUCAGCCGCUCGGUGUGUGACUACUUCUUCGAGGCACAGGAGCGUGCCACGGAGCCGGAGAACGUCCCGCCGGUGAUCCCCACGCCGCACCACUACCUGAUCAGUGUGCUCAGGCAUCGCAUCUACUUUGUAGCGGUCAUCCAGAGUGAGGUGCCGCCGCUCUUCGUCAUCGAGUUCCUGCACAGAGUCGUCGACACAUUCCAGGACUAUUUUGGAGUGUGCACAGAGGCUGCCAUCAAGGACAAUGUGGUCGUGGUCUACGAACUACUGGAGGAGAUGCUGGACAACGGUUUCCCGCUGGCCACAGAGUCCAACAUCCUCAAAGAGCUCAUUAAGCCACCCACCAUCCUCCGCACAAUGGUCAACACCAUCACAGGCAGCACCAAUGUGGGUGAACAGCUCCCCACAGGCCAGCUGUCCGUGGUGCCAUGGCGACGCACCGGGGUCAAAUACACCAACAACGAAGCCUAUUUUGAUGUGGUUGAGGAGAUUGACGCUAUCAUUGAUAAAUCAGGCUCCACUAUUACAGCAGAAAUUCAGGGAGUUAUUGACGCCUGUGUUAAAUUGACGGGCAUGCCUGACCUCACCCUGUCAUUUAUGAAUCCUCGGCUGCUGGAUGAUGUCAGCUUCCACCCGUGCGUUCGGUUCAAACGCUGGGAAGCUGAGCGGAUCCUCUCCUUCAUCCCCCCGGAUGGAAACUUCCGGUUGCUCUCCUAUCACGUCAGCUCUCAGAACCUGGUGGCAAUCCCAGUGUACGUCAAGCACAACAUCAGCUUCCGAGAGGGAAGCUCCCAGGGACGUUUUGACUUAACCCUGGGCCCCAAACAGACCAUGGGAAAGGCGGUGGAGUCGGUUCUAGUCAGCAGCCAGCUUCCCCGGGGCGUCCUCAACGCCAACCUCAACCCCUCCCAGGGCACGUACACCUUCGACCCAGUCACAAAGAUGUUGACAUGGGACGUGGGUAAGAUCAACCCACAGAAGCUUCCCAGUCUGAAAGGUACCAUGAGCCUGCAGGCCGGUGCCUCCAAACCUGAUGAGAACCCCACCAUCAACAUCCAACUCAAGAUCCAGCAGAUGGCCAUCUCAGGGCUGAAGGUGAAUCGACUGGACAUGUACGGUGAGAAAUAUAAACCUUUUAAAGGCAUCAAGUACAUGACGAAGGCGGGCAAGUUCCAGGUUCGGACAUAAAGACCGCCACUCUGUGAUUACCGGACCAAACCACAACAAGACUGAGAGGGCGAUGUGAUGGGGGAGUCGGGACAUUCCCUGUGUAUGUGCAUUUUGGGAUUUACCUACUCAAACUGGAGGCUCCUUGUAGCAGUUGAAAAAUGGGCCAUUUCACGUAGAAACUUCUGUUGAAUUAAUAUCAUCAAAUGUCCAGAAAACUGGUUAAAACCAAAACAUUUCUAUCUCUAUCCAAGCUGAACCCAGGUCAAACCCAGCUAUUCCCAAUGUAUAUUACUCAUCAAUUUCAGACAUACAUUUCAAACUCAACAGUCUGAUGCUGUACUGUUUCAGCUUUGAACCGUCCUCCACUUUUUCCACAGUGUUUCAUUGUCCGUCAUGUUUGUCUGGAUAUAUGUGUGCCGGUGAUUAUUAUUUACACUGCAAACUACAGAUAUUGGAUUUUUGGACCAAUAGUAAAUCAAAACAUGGCUCCUCAAACUUAAAUUGUGAUAGUGUGACUUACUGUACGUGGUGUGACUGAAAUUCAGAAUUUCACAAUGUAACGACCCCUGCGAGAUGGAACAAUAUCUUUGUCCUGCAGUAGCAUAAUAUUAAUCAAACUGGUGUCUGUUGAUUGGGUGGAUGUGCUGUAACAGCUCAAAGCUUUUGUUGCAAAUCAGAAGUGGCAGGUGAAAGCUUCUACAAAAAGGUCAAAUUAAUCCCUUUUUUCCCCCAAAUUUGAUAGAAUAUAUCUGCUAAAAAUGAUAAUCUGUGUCCCAAAAGCCUUCCCAUUGUGAACUGCAAGUGAAAAUUACAAAAAUGUUUCUAUCCCUUCUCAUUCAUUCCCCAGCAUUCAUCAGUUUUUAUGUUUGUCCCGUUGAUUCCCUCCUCUCCUCGUUGCGACGAUUGGAUGAUUUUUGUGUGCAGCACUGGAGCCGGCACACCGAUUUGUGAGAAUGUGACACUGGAGCCAUCCGUAACGAUGCACUUUCACCUCUGCUGUUACUAACAUUUCAUUUUUUUAACGCAAGUGAAUCUGAAGCUGCUCAAUCCGUUUAUUACUGUGGCAGUUUCCAGGAGAAUAUCAGGUUCCAGGUGCAUGGUUCACCUGUUUUAUUCAACUUUAAUUAUUAUUUAUUAAACAACAAUAAGGAUUUGCUUAAGUGAUAUUUUUGUGUUUACAGUGUUUCCCUGCAUUCUAUCAUUAAGCUCUGAAAAGCUUGUUUUUUAACCAUAUUAUGGCCAAACAGCAGUUUUUGUUUUCAACAUAAAGAAACAUUAAAAAAAAAAAAAGAUUCCUGCUGCUCAACACUUUUUAUUUAAAAAUGUAUUUUUCUCAGUGUACCACAACCCUUACGGCCAGAAGAAAUGUAUAGUUUGCGUCAUAAUCUCUUUUUAUAGAGAUUGUGUAAACCUAACAUAAUGAAUAACCCCAUGGUAACUGGGAUAAUCUGGAUAAACCACCACUGGAGUCAGCGUGAUAAAUAUACAUACCAGCGGGUCUCUGCUGGAAUCAGCCCACCGUCAUAUUCAUGUCUUUUAGGUCACUGGCAUAGAGCUAGUUCACGACUGUGAACAGAAAGUGGCGUGAACAACACCAAAUAAAAACAUGUUCAACUGUGGGAUGGUACAAUGAUCAGGUAAAUCACAAGAGAUGUUGAAGGCUUGCAUUUUGUGUGUUGGGCAAUUUUAUCUGUGUUUUUGUUUAACAGCCUCCAGUGAAGUGUUAUACUCGUGUAAAAAUAAAGAUUUGAUGUGUUAUAA